UUUCUGUUGCAUCCCAGUGAUACUGACAACAUUCAGACAUUUAAAAGAGAAUUCACUAAAUAUACUGAUGGAAAUACUACCAGUGACAGAGUUUCCAACACCAGUGAUACACAAGAUCUCUUUGGCACUAUUUCUAGCCCUGAAUUAGGAGUAUAUCAAAUCAGGAUUGGAUCUAUUACCUUCCAGGUUGCUUCUGGGGACAUCACUAAAGAAGAGUCUGAUGUUAUUGUAAACUCAACAGACAAGACAUUUGUCCUCAAAAAUGGGGUUUCUAAAUCCAUUUUAGAAGCUGCUGGAUCAGCUGUGGAAUCAGAGUGUGCCACAUUAGCUGUGAAUCAUCACAGAAAUUUUAUAGUAACACAAGGUGGAAAUCUAAGGUGCAAGAAAAUAAUUCAUGUUAUUGGGGGAAAUGAUGUCAAGCAAACCAUCUCUGAAGUCCUCCAGGAAUGUGAACAGAUGAAAUAUGUGUCCAUUUCCCUUCCAGCCAUUGGAACAGGACAGGCCAAAAAAGACCCUACUAAUGUUGCUGAAGCUAUAAUUGAUGCCAUUAAAGAUUUUGCACAGAAAGGGUCUGGCCAAUCAGUGAAAAAAGUGAAAGUGGUCAUCUUCCUGCCACAGCUACUGGAAGUGUUUCAUGAUACUAUGAAAAAAAGAAUAAGCUGCAAGCCAACAACCUCAACCUCUGUGAUCUCAAAAAUAAAAUCAUUUUUAGGUCUUGGAAGCCAGCCUCCCAAAAAACAAGAUAAUUUGGUUUUGGAAAAAAUAAAAAAAUCAGCAACUUUCCAGGUGUGUGGUGAAAGCAAGGAGAAUAUUGAAAGCACUAUCUCUUGGAUACAAGAUUUGAUUUUAAAGGAACAGGAAAAUUGUAUUUUCUCUGAUAUAUCCAUUCAAAAAUUUGGUGAAAAAGAAUACACUGAACUGAAUGAGCUGCAAAAAAGGUUAAAUAUCAUCAUUGAUGUGAAACAUGAAAGAUCUCAAAUUGAGGUCACAGGAACUAUCCGAGAUACAUUGCAAGCUUGCCAGGCAAUUCAAGGCAUGAUCAAGAGAACACGCUUACAUAUGGAUGAGGAGUCUAAGGCUGAGGAGCUCAGUAGAACCACCAUAUGGGAGUAUAAUGACAAUGGUCUUUUCAAACCUUUUGACAAACUAACUAAUCUGCAUUUAGAGGAUGCAAGGAAAGGAAAGAAAAAUAAGAUUGUUGUUAAAAUUAAAAAUGAGAACUACACAGUAGACUUUAAUGCUAACCUUGCUACAAAUGUAAAGGGACACAACUUGCCUGUUCGUUGUAUCAAAAAACUUGAAGUUGAGAUCCCUAAUCACUGGGAUGAGAUGAAAGACCAGAACCUUCUUUUGGUGGAUUUACCUCCAGGACAUCAAGAAUACAACCAAGUAAAAGACAAGUUUUCUCAGACUUGUGCUAACUUCACAAUAGAGAAGAUUCAGAGGAUACAGAACAAAAGCCUUUGGAAUUCCUAUAACAUAAAGAAAAUAUUCAUGGAUGACCAAAACAAACACACAAAUAAUGAAAAAUUCCUCUUCCAUGGGACAGAUGUUGACUCAGUGUCCCAUAUCAAUAGCCAAGGCUUUAAUCGCAGUUAUGCUGGGAAAAAUGCUACAGCAUGGGGGAAAGGAACUUAUUUUGCUGUCAAUGCCCUAUAUUCAGCUAACAACACAUACUCCAAGCCAGAUAUCAAUGGGAAGAAGCAUAUGUAUUACGUGAGAGUACUUACUGGUGAAUACAUUCUUGGAAAUUCAUCAUUAAUUGUCCCUCCAGCAAAGAUAACUCAAGAUGCUAAUGUUCUAUAUGACAGUGUCACUAAUCAUAUGAGAAAUCCAACCUUAUUUGUCAUAUUUUAUGAUAAUCAGGCUUAUCCAGAGUACCUCAUUACUUUCAGGAAAUAACAUUUUGGUUUCACAUCCAAGAGAUAUCAUGUAGACACUUCUUUGUAGCAAGU